AUGAAUCAUCAUGAUGAACAAGUUGAAGUCAAUCCUAUUAUUAACGGUGGUGGUGGUGGUGAUGGUGGUACUCAUCAUCAUGAUGAUGAGGGUCUGAUGAAACUGGAUCAAGACUUGAUGAUGGGUUGUACUUAUAAUAAUAAUUCAGCAGAUACUAAUUCUGAAUCAGAAGAGGACAACAAUACCAACUUUCUCAAAGCAUAUCCUCCACCACAUCAAUAUCAGAGCAGCAAUAUUAGUAUCAACGUUAACUCCCCACCGCCAGCAACAGCAGCAGCAGCAGCAGCAUCAUCAUCUAAACUUGAACAAGUCCUCCACACCCAGCAACAGCAGCAACUGAUUCCAUGGAGAUCAGAAGAUUAUUUCACGAAUCCAUUACCCCAUCCACUUGCAUUAAUUACGUCGUCCAUGGAUCAAUCUAAUAAUUACCAGAUGUAUCCGGCCCCAAGUCUAAAACCACCUCCUUUUGCAAACCCAGAUCAUCAUCAUCAAUAUCCCAACAACAACAACAACAACAACAUGAUGAUCAAUAAUAUUGCUUAUCAUAAUAUUCCAUUGUACGGUACUAGUACUGCAACUUCAUCAUCAUCAGCUGGCUGUGGUGGUAGCAGCAGCAGCAACAACAGCAGCUAUGAUCAAUCUGUGUCUGAGCUGCUUUUGAUGACAGGAGCAAUAUUCAGGAGGCAAAGAGCUGCUUACUAA